GGCGAGUCCGUGCGUAAAAAGUCAAGUUUACCAGGCUGCUGCUGCUGCUGCAUGCGGCAUUGGAUGAAUCUUUACAGCUGCACGACUUUACUCAAGUGGAAAAACUCGAAAACAGCAGCAGCGGAGAGAUCGACGCCGGGAAUUGGUUGUAUGGCACCUCAGCUGUGCGUAAUGAAUCCUGCGCAAGGAUCACCAGGCACCUCUCCAAACGAGCGGACGGCCAGCGCGGAACCUGACCAGCGACUGGACCUGCCACCUGUUGGAAGAUAUAAAACCAAAAGGACAGAGCUUCCUUUCAGCGUGGAUUCACUCAUUUCGCACAGAACGCCGGUGAAAAGUUUUCACUCCCGUCCGGCGGAGGCCGAGUGUGCGUCACCGAGGAGUCCUUAUCUCUCCAAACCAGAAGCGGUGGACCUCAGCGACCAGGAGCACAGCCCGUGGUGCCAAACUCCUUACGCCUCCCCUCCAAGACUCUCCAGCCCGUCCCCGUGCAACCUGCGGAAACACAAGAACAACAGAAAGCCCAGAACUCCUUUCACCACCGCCCAGCUCCUCUCUCUGGAACGCAAGUUCCGACAGAAACAGUACCUCUCCAUCGCCGAAAGAGCGGAAUUCUCCAGCUCCCUCAGCCUCACGGAGACCCAGGUCAAGAUUUGGUUCCAGAACCGCCGCGCCAAAGCGAAGAGACUUCAGGAGGCCGAGCUGGAGAAGCUGAAACUGGCUGCAAAGCCGCUGCUGCCGGCCUUCGCCUUUCCGCUGAGCCUCAGCGCACCCAUGGGCGCGCCGCACCCUUACAGCGCCCUGAACGGACCGCGGCCCGCCUUACCCAUACCGGGACUAUUCGGCGGACCAUAUGGGAUGUACUACUUGUCUUCGUAACCCUGGCUCACUUUGAACUGCGUCUAGAACGCAAAAUGACCCACGCUCCAAAAAUGUAUAAAUCUGAACCAAUCUGAAUGAUUCUUUUAAACAAGUGGAAUUAAUGGGAUGAAUGUUUGAUGAGAUGAAUGUUUUUGUUUUUUAGUUUAUUAACCAUUCAGAGUAUUUCUAUAAACUGAUUUAAAAUAAACUAAUCCGCCUUAA